AUGGUGGUGAUGAAGAUGAAGUUCCCCUUUGAGAAAAGGGUGAAGCUGGCCCAGGGACUGUGGCUCCUCUCCUGGAGUGCCACAGUGGCCGGGGCCAUGACCUUCACCCUGGGGUGCCUACUGAAGACGGAGCUCCGCAGACGGUCAGAGGUAAUGGAGAAUGGAGACAUCCAUGUUGUGCCCAACACCCUGAUGAUAGUUGGUCUGGCCUCCUUGGGGAUCAACUACUUUGCUUCAAAGAUCUGUCAAGAUGCCCUGGAGGCCGGGCGAUUCCCUCGCUGGAAGAACUUCUUGAAGCCCUACUUCGCCAUCUCCUGUUUCUUCACUGUCCUCAUGCUGCUAGCUGUCAUCAUGAGCUACGCAAUGAAGGGCAGCCUGGAGUCUUCCCUGAAGGGCGGCCUGAAGAACGGCAUCCGAUUCUACAAGGACACAGACACCCCGGGCCGCUGCUUCCAGAAGCAGACCAUCGAUCGGCUGCAGCUUGAGUUUAAGUGUUGUGGAAACAGUGACUACAGGGACUGGUUCGAGGUCCAGUGGAUCAGCAACCGCUACCUGGAUUUCAGCUCUAAGGAAGUCAAAGACCGCAUCAAGAGCAACGUGGAUGGCCGUUACUUGGUAGACGGUGUCCCGUUCAGCUGUUGCAACCCCAGCUCUCCACGGCCGUGCAUCCAGUAUCAGCUCACCAACGACUCGGCUCACUACAACUAUGAAUACCAGACGGAGGAGCUCAACAUCUACCUCCGAGGCUGCAGAGAGGCCCUGGUCAACUACUAUAUGGGUCUGAUGAACACCAUCGGGGCUGGAGUGCUGUCAGUCUUAGUCUUACAGGCUUCUGUACUGGUGAGCUUGCGGUUCCUGCAGACCGCCAUGGAGGCCGUGGAAGGGAAGGAAAACACAGAGAUUGAGACCGAAGGCUACCUGCUGGAGAAAAGCGUGAAAGACACCUUCAUGGAGUUCAUAAACCCUGUGCUGAAGUUCUUCAUGCUCACAAACCAGGUGGAAGAGGGCACUACUGCAGCAGGGGAGACCCCCGCGGCCACGGCCUAA